UGUGUGUGAGAGAGAGAGAGAGAGAGAGAGAGAGAGAGAGAGAGAGAGACUGGCUGCUAUUUCAGGCUAUAAUACCUUCUGUAAGGAGAUUAGUGUAUCUGUGUCUCAAAAGCUCACAGCUGACAAACACACACCUACGGACAAAGCUCGCUUAUAAGGACCUCCCCCUCAGCAUCAUGUGUGAUCAGACGUUUUUAGCGAUCACAUUCGGCUCCUGUGACAACUGCAGCCAGAACAAACCUCUGAUGAACAUCUACCUGCAGAAUGAACCGGUUAACUACUGCUCACUGUGUGUGGAGAAGAUGGCGUGUCAUGGUUUGGGGAAGGGGGAGAGUGUAUCAUCUCUGAAGGCUGAAGCGGAGAGUUUGAAGGUGAAGCUGGAGCAGGAGCGAGCUAAACUGCAUGAUGCAGAGUUGAAUCAGGUGGCUGAGAAAGUGGAAGCUCUAGGAGGAUUCACACUGAAGAGUCGGCGCACGCUGAAGGGUCACAGUAAUAAAGUGCUGUGUAUGGACUGGUGCAGCGAUAAGAGACGCAUCGUCAGCUCCUCACAGGAUGGGAAGGUCAUCGUCUGGGACGCAUUCACAACUAACAAGGAGCACGGUGUCACUAUGCCAUGUACCUGGGUGUUAGCGUGUGCGUACGCUCCCUCCGGCUGUGUGAUAGCGUGUGGUGGGUUGGAUAAUAAAUGCUCUGUCUAUCCUCUGUCUCUGGAUAAGAGUGAGAAUUUGGCAGCAAAGAGGAAACCGGUGGCUGUUCACACCAACUACCUCUCAUCCUGCAGCUUCACCAACUCUGACAUGCAGAUCCUGACCGCCAGCGGUGACGGUACGUGUGCAUUAUGGGAUGUAGAAAGCGGGCAGCUGCUGCAGAGUUUCCAUGGUCACUCAGCUGAUGUGCUCUCACUGGACCUCUCUCCAUCUGAGACUGGAAACACCUUUGUAUCUGGAGGUUGUGAUAAGAAGGCUAAUGUGUGGGACAUGCGCUCCGGCCAGAACAUCCAGUCCUUUGACAAUCAUGAGUCAGACAUCAAUGCUGUAAGGUACUACCCGAGUGGUGAUGCUUUUGCCACUGCGUCUGACGAUGCUACAUGCCGUCUGUAUGACCUGAGGGCUGACCGUGAAGUAGCCGUCUACUCUAAAGAGAGCAUCAUCUUCGGUGCCUCCAGUGUGGACUUCUCUCUCAGUGGACGUCUGCUGUUCGCUGGCUAUAAUGACUACACUGUAAACAUAUGGGACGUGUUAAAGGGCACCCGGACAGCAAUCCUGUACGGUCACGAGAACCGGGUCAGUAAGGUCCGCGUGUCGCCCGACGGCACCGCGUUCUGCUCGGCGUCGUGGGACAGCACUCUGCGGGUGAGGAACCGCUCACAGCUUACCACCACUUUCCCGUGAACGUGGGCAGGACUUUCCACCAGCAGUGAUUGUACAGAAGUCAUAAAUUCCCCAGAUGUUCAAAACACAUCUUCAUAUGUAAAUUCAAAAUAAAAACAAGAGUGAGAUCACACUGAAGAACAACAGCCGGUCAGAUGAUUCAUCCUGGUCCUGUAUACACAGAUCUGAACCUGAUCUGGAGGAGAUCUAAAUCAUUCUGAAAAUAUGUGUAAGAUGCAUAAUUAUUGGCACCCCUAUGAGAAUGGUGAUACUGGAAAUGAAUGUAAACACACUGCCAUUCUGGUUAUUCUAAAAUAAGAUCAUUACUUUUGACAGAAUGUGAGAUCGUAAUUUGAGAAGGAAAAUUAGAGAAGGAAUGUGUAUAUAUAUAUAUAUAAAUACACUGUAUUGCUGAAAGUUUGGGGAUGUCCCUCCAAAUCAUUCAAUUCAGGUGUUCCAAUCACUUCCAUGGCCACAGGUGUAUAAAAUCCAGACCUCCAAACUUCAUGUGGCCUUCAGAUUAGCUCAAGAACAGUGAAUAGAGAGCUUCAUGGACCAGAUUUUCAUGGCCGAUAGCUGCAUAUGAGCCUUACAUCACCAAGACAGAUGCAGUGGUGUAAAGCAUGCCGCCUCUGGAUUCUAGAGCAGUGGACACACGUUCUCUGGAGUGACCAAUCACGCUUCUCUGUCUGGCAAUAAAGACGAGUGAGUUUGGUGUUGAGAAACUUGACUGGCCUGCACAGAGUCCUGACCUCAACCCCAUAGAACACCUUUGGGAUGAAUUAGACUUUGGGAGACUGCAAGCCAGACCUUCUCAUCAUCACAUCAUCAUCAGUGCAUGACCUCACAAAUGACCACCAUUCUAGAGGAAUGGUCAAAAUUCCCAUAAACACACUCCUAAACCUUGUGGAAAGAGCUGAAGCUGUUAUAGCUGUAAAGGGGUGGGGUUACAACUCCAUAUUACAUUCAUGUGUAUGUAAAGCCAGAUGUCCAAAAACUUUUGACACUUCAGUGUAUAUAUAAACCUGUAGUGACCAGGCGACUAUCUGAACAGACUCAUUGUUGUACUGAUAGCCACAGACAAUGCAGCAGCUCACAAAGUGUUUCCUUAUUUAGAAAUGACAAUGUGGUGUGUGUGUAUGCGUAUGUGUGUGUGUAUGUGCGUGUGUGCAUGCGUAUGUGUGUGUGUAUGUGCGUGUGUGCAUGCGUAUGUGUGUGUGUAUGUGCGUGUGUGUGUGUGUGUGUGCGUGCAUGUGUGUGUGUAGGUGUGUUGACCUCACCGUAAAUGAAACAUGCGUCUGCUGGAAAUAAAAUGCCUGUCUCUCUCUGUCUC